AUGUUAGAUGAAAUUCAUAGACAAGAACGUGAAGAGAUGGAAAAGAAACUUCAAGCAAAAGAUGAAGUCAUUGAAGCAAAAGACAAAAACAUACAGAAAAGAAUACCACGUUCGGUACCAAAAGGAAAGGAAAAGAACUAUAAGUAUAUGAUUUAUACUGAAGAGAUGGAAAAUGAAGAAGACAGAGAUAUGGUUAUGUUGCAUUUAGUCAGAAGAAACAACAAAAGCUUUUACGACCUUGCUAAGAUUUACAAAUCUGACAGAAAUUGGUUCUAUCGCGAAAACUUACCGAUUUCAAUGACCCCAAAUGAAGAUGUGAAACAAAUAGUUCAAGAUACGUUACCUCAAACACACUAUGAUAUGAAAGGUUGUACAAUACUUACAUUCAAAGAAGAUUUGCCGCUACUGAAGGAAAAGAUAACAGAGUAUUUCGAUAACUUCAAAGAGGAAGAGUAA